CUCUCCACUCGCUGUCUCGCUCACGCCUCCUCACUCCCACGCUCUUUUACUUCUCGCUCCUUUCCCCCUGUGGCUGCUAUUUUGAUGACGGUGAACGGCUACGACGACGAGUCCGAGCUCAUCCUCAACCCCGUCGAGCUCUGGCGUAAUCCCAAUCCCGACUCAACCUGCUGUGCUCGCUUCAUUGAGUACGUGAAUAAAUCUCACGGUCUCAAUCUCACAGAGACCUACGAUGAUCUCUACUCGUGGUCUAUCUCCGAUAUCCCGGCCUUCUGGGCUGACGUCUGGUCCUUCACAAAUGUUCGCUCAUCGACUCCAUACACAUCCGUAGUCGAUGCCGCAGCCCCUAUGUUCCCGCGCCCGCAGUUUUUUGCCGGUGCUACACUUUCCUACGCGCAAAAUCUCCUCUUCCCGACCCCAGUGCCCGACGCAGACUCCGCCGCUGUCUACUCCGUCACUGAGUUCUCCACCACCGCCGUCACAUGGCGCGAGCUUCGCGAGCGCGUCCGCAAGCUCUCUGUCGCCAUGCGUCGCGCCGGCGUCAAACCUGGCGACCGCGUCGCCGGUUACGUCUCAAACAACGUUAGCACGCUCGUUUCCCUUCUUGCAACCUCUGCAGUCGGCGGUAUCUGGUCCUCAACCUCAUCCGAGAUCGGCUCGGUGUCGGUCGUCGAACGCCUCGCACAGAUCGAGCCCGUGCUCCUGUUCACCGACAACGCCUCGAUCUACAACCAAAAAGUAUUCAACAACUUAGCAAAGGUAUCUGAGAUUGUUGCGAAGCUGCCGAGUCUCAAGACCGUUGUGGUCGUCGAGACGUCGAGCGCGAGCGCGAUUGACCUCGCGAGUGUGACACCCGCGGCGGGCGUUGCUGUCUUGGCUGACGACUUUGUGGCUAAUGUUGGACAAGACGAAGAGCUUCAGUUUGAGAUGCUUGACUUUGACUUUCCGCUUUUCAUUGUCUACUCCUCUGGCACGACCGGAAAGCCCAAGUGUAUUGUGCAUGGACAAGGAGGCUCGCUGAUCCAGCACAAAAAAGAGCAUUUUAUUCACAUGGACAUGUCCACCGGCGACGUGUUUUUCCAGUACACAACUUGCUCGUGGAUGAUGUGGCAGUGGCUGAUUUCUGGUCUCGCAUCUGGCGCCACCUUGGUGCUCUACGACGGCUCGCCGUUCCAGCCCGCCGGUGAAUCGUCGAUGUUCAAGCUGAUUGAGGAACUUGGCGUCAAGUACUAUGGCACCUCGGCAAAGUAUCUUUCUAUUCUUGAGCAGAAAAACUACAUGCCGCGGGAAACCUAUGCGAUGAAGAACCUCCGCAUGGUGACGUCGACGGGAUCUGUUUUGAGUCCGUCGACGUUCUCGUACAUCUACCGAUCGCUCGGUCCGGAUAUUGUGCUCAGCAGUAUCACUGGUGGCACCGACAUUCUGUCUCUCUUUGGUGCUCCAUCGCUGAUGACGCCGGUCUACAAGGGCGAGAUCCAGGUAAGGGGACUCGGUAUGGCGGUCGAGGUGUGGUCGCCAGAGGAGGAUGGCAAGCGUCUGGACGAGACCGGACAGCCCGGCGAUCUCGUGUGCACAAAGGUGUUCCCCUGCAUGCCAGUCAUGUUCUGGAAUGACCCCGCCGGCGAGAAAUACGAGGCGAGUUACUUUGAGCGGUUUGGUCGGCACGUAUGGCACCACGGCGACUUUGUGCGUCUGUCGCCAAAGACAAACGGUCUGAUCAUGCUCGGUCGGUCCGAUGGCGUUCUAAAGCCGGCGGGAGUACGUUUCGGGUCGUCAGAGAUUUACAACGUGCUGAUCAAGGAGUUUCCUACUGAGGUCGACGACGCAUUGUGCGUUGGAAUGAAGCGAGCCGAGGACAUGGACGAGACGGUCGUGCUUUUUCUCAAGAUGCAGCCGCAGGUGUCGUUCACGCCCGAGCUUGUGGCGAAGAUCAAGAAGACGAUACGGGAGCAGCUGUCGCCGCGACAUGUGCCGGGCAUCAUCGACGAGACGCCGGAGAUCCCGUUCACGGCGAACGGCAAGAAAACGGAGACGAUUGUGAAGGGCAUAAUCUCAAAGAGCAAGAUCAAGGUCGGCGCGAGCGUGGCCAAUGCGGAUUGUUUGCAGUGGUAUAGAGAUUGGGCGGAAGCGCACUGA